GCGAGAGCGGCGGACGCCGGGCUGCCGGGGCCGCCCGGGAGAGCUGCGGCGGCGGGAGGCCCCCGCACCCCCUGCCGCACGCACCCCCGCCGCCGCCGCGACUGCUCGGCAGCAGCCCGCCGCCGCUCCCGCCCGCGGCGGCACCGCGCUCGAGUUACUGCCCUCAAGCAGUUUCCGCUCUGGUUUUCAGUGAGGAGGGAGGUGUAGGGGACAGGGGUUUAUUUUGAGGGGAUGCUGAGAAAGCCGUUCCCCUCCUGUAGCACAUUGCCUAGGCGUUCCUAUUAUGGAAGUUAAGUGAGAAACUCUGCAGCUUGAACUGAUUUGGUAGGGAAAGGGAGAGAAAAGGGUAGGGGGAAGGGCGAGAGGAAAGCAAAAUAGCCAAACCAAGCCAAUGAUUUUCCUGCAAAGUGCCGGGAAGUUUGUGGAGCACUUUCUAGGAAUCGGCUCCUCUCUGAGUCUCUCCUUGUCUUCCGAAGAAAGAGCUUGCUUUUGGAUUGCCAUGGAUCCUAAAGAGAGUCUUAGACACACUUGAAUAAUUCCUCUGCUUGGGCUGGAUUGGUGGGAAUUUAGGAAGGAGCGUGUGUGCAAAGCAGAAGCUUUCGGAGCUCGCUUGCUGCUCUAAUCUGUAUGGAUCUAAAAGUGUCACAUUCAAGACCUUUGUAUCUGCAGCUUUUGAUUUCAAGAAUUCCCUUUCCACUUUAAGUAGCUGCUAGGAAACUGAAAACUUUUGGACCUACCUCUUACUGGCUUUGGAUACUUUUUUUUUUUUUUUUUUUGGAUCUCUGUGGAAUUGGUCUCGCAAACGAUCGGGAUUGCUUUUAAUAUGUCAAAAUGGGUCUGCUGACGCCACUCCUGCUCUUUGGAUUUGCAUUUUUUCAGGUCUAUGGAUCCCGUCUCCGCCAGGAGGACUUUCCACCACGGAUUGUUGAGCAUCCUUCAGAUGUGAUAGUCUCUAAAGGAGAGCCAACAACUCUGAACUGUAAAGCUGAAGGACGGCCAACUCCUACUAUUGAGUGGUACAAGGAUGGAGAGCGAGUGGAAACGGACAAGGAUGAUCCACGCUCCCACCGCAUGCUGCUGCCCAGCGGAUCUUUAUUUUUCUUACGUAUCGUGCAUGGACGCAGGAGUAAACCUGAUGAAGGAAGUUAUGUUUGCGUAGCAAGGAACUAUCUUGGAGAAGCUGUGAGUCGCAAUGCAUCUCUGGAAGUGGCAUUGCUACGGGAUGACUUCCGCCAAAACCCUACAGAUGUUGUGGUGGCAGCUGGAGAGCCUGCCAUAUUGGAGUGCCAGCCACCUCGUGGACACCCUGAGCCUACCAUCUACUGGAAGAAAGAUAAAGUCCGUAUUGAUGACAAGGAAGAGCGGAUCAGUAUACGUGGUGGGAAGCUGAUGAUCUCCAAUACAAGAAAAAGUGACGCCGGCAUGUAUACUUGUGUUGGAACAAACAUGGUGGGGGAGCGAGACAGCGACCCAGCAGAGCUGACUGUCUUUGAGCGGCCCACGUUUCUCAGGCGACCGAUUAACCAAGUGGUGCUGGAGGAGGAGGCCGUGGAUUUCCGAUGCCAGGUGCAGGGGGAUCCCACACCCACAGUCCGGUGGAAAAAAGAUGAUGCAGACUUACCGAGAGGAAGGUAUGACAUCAAAGAUGAUUACACUUUGCGCAUUAAGAAGGCUGUGAGCACAGAUGAAGGAACCUACACAUGCAUUGCUGAGAAUCGAGUUGGAAAAGUGGAAGCCUCUGCUACACUCACUGUGCGAGCUCGCCCCGUUGCUCCCCCACAGUUUGUGGUGAGACCACGAGACCAGAUUGUAGCCCAGGGUCGAACAGUGACAUUUCCUUGUGAAACUAAAGGAAAUCCCCAGCCAGCUGUUUUCUGGCAAAAAGAAGGAAGCCAGAAUCUACUCUUCCCAAACCAGCCUCUCCAACCCAACAGCAGGUAUUCAGUGUCACCAACCGGAGACCUCACUAUUACCAACAUUCAGCGGUCUGAUGCAGGCUACUACAUUUGUCAAGCACUGACGGUUGCUGGAAGCAUUUUAGCAAAGGCUCAGCUGGAGGUUACUGAUGUCUUGACAGAUAGGCCUCCACCCAUCAUCCUCCAGGGGCCGGUCAAUCAGACACUGGCAGUGGAUGGGACAGCUCUGCUGAAAUGCAAGGCAACUGGUGACCCCCUUCCUGUCAUCAGCUGGUUAAAAGAAGGAUUCACUUUCCUGGGCAGAGACCCUCGAACAUCCAUACAGGAUCAGGGGACGCUUCAGAUUAAAACUCUGCGGCUGUCCGAUACUGGGACUUACACUUGCGUUGCUACAAGUUCCAGUGGAGAGACAUCUUGGAGUGCUGUGCUGGAGGUGACAGAAUCCGGUGGAGCAACAGUCAGUAAAAAUUAUGAUAUAAAUGACCUCCCUGGGCCACCAUCCAAACCUCAGGUCACUGAUGUUACUAAGAACAGUGUCACCCUGUCCUGGCAACCAGGGACCCCUGGAAGCCUACCAGCUAGUGCAUAUAUCAUUGAGGCUUUUAGUCAAUCUGUGAGCAACAGUUGGCAAACGGUGGCUAACCAUGUGAAGACCACUCUCUACACUGUGAGAGGACUGCGCCCCAAUACAAUCUACCUGUUUAUGGUGAGAGCUAUCAAUUCACAAGGUCUGAGUGAUCCCAGCCCUAUGUCUGAUCCUGUCCGAACACAAGAUAUCAGCCCACCAGCACAAGGUGUAGAUCACAGGCAAGUCCAGAAAGAACUGGGAGAUGUCAUUGUACGACUGCAUAAUCCUGUUGUGCUCACACCCACAACGGUUCAAGUCACCUGGACGGUUGACCGCCAAUCCCAGUUUAUUCAGGGCUACCGAGUCAUGUAUCGCCAAACAUCUGGCCUACCUUCUCCUGCUGUAUGGCAGAAUUUGGAGGUCAAAGUCCCAACUGAACGCAGUGCUGUCCUCGUCAGCUUGAAAAAGGGGGUCACUUAUGAAAUUAAGGUUCGCCCUUAUUUCAACGAAUUCCAAGGAAUGGACAGUGAAUCAAAGUCUGCUCGUACCACAGAGGAAGCUCCAAGUGCCCCUCCUCAGUCUGUUACGGUCCUGACAGUUGGAAACCACAACAGCACAAGCAUCAGCAUCUCCUGGGAUCCUCCCCCUCCAGAUCACCAAAAUGGAGUCAUCCAGGAGUAUAAGAUCUGGUGCCUAGGUAAUGAGACUCGAUUUCAUAUCAACAAAACAGUAGAUGCAGCCAUUCGGUCUGUAGUAAUAGGUGGCCUGUAUCCAGGUAUUCAGUACCGCGUGGAAGUUGCUGCAAGCACCAGUGCAGGUGUGGGAGUAAAAAGUGAGCCACAACCCAUAAUAAUUGGAGGUCGUAACGAAGUUGUCAUCACUGAAAAUAACAACAGCAUAACUGAGCAAAUCACUGAUGUUGUCAAACAACCUGCCUUUAUAGCUGGCAUCGGUGGUGCAUGUUGGGUAAUUCUGAUGGGUUUCAGCAUCUGGCUGUACUGGCGCAGAAAGAAGAGGAAGGGGCUCAGCAAUUAUGCUGUCACUUUCCAAAGAGGAGAUGGAGGACUAAUGAGCAAUGGAAGUCGACCAGGUCUGUUGAAUGCAAGUGACCCCAGUUAUCCUUGGCUUGCAGACUCUUGGCCUGCCACGAGUCUGCCAGUAAACAACAGCACUAGUGGCCCCAAUGAUCUUGGCAAUUUUGGUCGUGGAGAUGUGCUGCCACCAGUGCCAGGGCAAGGAGAUAAAACCGCUACUAUGCUUUCUGAUGGAGCCAUUUACAGCAGCAUUGACUUCACCACGAAAACUAGUUACAACAGUUCCAGCCAAAUAACGCAAGCUACGCCAUAUGCCACCACCCAGAUACUGCAUUCCAACAGCAUCCAUGAGUUGGCUGUUGACUUACCUGAUCCUCAGUGGAAAAGUUCAAUUCAGCAAAAAAAUGACCUCAUGGGUUUCGGUUACUCUCUCCCAGACCAAGGCAAGGGCAACAAUGCCUUGCUUUACAUCCCUGACUACCGCGUGGCUGAGGGAUUGGCUAAUAGAUUGCCACACAACCAGUCACAGGAUUUCAGCACCACCAGCUCCCACAACAGCUCCGAAAGGAGUGGCAGCCUCUCAGGUGGAAAAGGAGGGAAAAAGAAGAAAAACAAAAAUACUGCCAAGCCCCAGAAAAAUAAUGGUUCAAACUGGGCCAGUGUUCCCCUCCCACCCCCUCCUGUGCAGCCACUUCCAGGCACAGAGCUGGAACACUAUGGGGUGGAUCAGCAAGAAGCAGGAUAUGACAGUGAUGGUUGGUGUCCGCCUUUGCCAGUUCAGACCUACCUACAUCAGGGCAUGGAGGAUGAGCUUGAAGAAGAUGAUGAUCGUGUUCCCACACCUCCUGUCCGAGGAGUAGCUUCAUCACCUGCAAUCUCCUUUGGGCAACAGUCAACUGCAACCCUCACACCUUCUCCACGAGAGGAGAUGCAGCCAAUGCUUCAAGCCCACCUUGAUGAAUUAACUAGGGCUUACCAGUUUGAUAUAGCAAAGCAGACAUGGCACAUCCAAAGCAGUACACAACCUCCUCAGGCUCCAGUUCCGCCCCUAGGAUAUGUAUCUGGAAACCUUAUUUCAGAUUUGGAAACAGAUGUUCCAGAUGAUGAUGAUGAUGAUGAGGAUGAUAUCGAAGAAGAAACUGUAGAAAUCAGUAGGCCGCUAAGAGGUCUAGAGCAUACUCCAGGCUCCAGUAUGGACAAUCUAGACAGCUCUGUGACAGGUUCAAUGGUAAAUGGAUGGGGUUCUGCGUCUGAUGAGGACCGUAACUUUUCUAGUCAUAGAUCUAGCGUAGGUAGCUCCUCAGAUGACUCGAUCUUUACCAGCGGCAGUUUUGCACAAGCACUGGUUGCAGCAGCAGAUAAAGCUGGUUUUAGGCUGGAUGGAACCAGCCUGACAAGAACAGGCAAAGCAUAUCCUUCCUCUCAGAGACCUCGGCCGAGCAGCCCUUUUUCUACUGACAGCAACACCAGUGCGGCUGUCAAUCAGAGUCAGAGGCCGAGGCCCACUAAAAAACACAAGGGAGGACGGUUGGACCAACCCCCCUUGCCUCAUCGUAGGGAGGGAAUAACAGAUGAUCUUCCACCACCACCCGACCCACCCCCUGGUCAGGGUUUAAGGCAGCAAAUAGUCCCCGGCCAGCGCGGAGGCUCGGCAGAGAGGAAAGGAAGCUCUCUUGAGAGGCAGCAUGCACCGAACGUAGAUGAAACAAAGAGCUCCCUGGACCGGCAAGCUAGGACGUCACUAGAGUGGCAGCGGCAAACCCAGGAGUGGAUAAGCUCUACAGACCGCCAAGAGGAUUUCAGGAAAGCCCAACACAAACAAGCAUUCGGAUCAGAAGAGGCACUCGUACCAUAUAGUAAACCCAACUUCCCAUCCCCUGGCGGCCACAGCUCUUCAGGAACAGCUUCUUCUAAAGGAUCAACCGGACCUAGAAAAGGUGAAGUCUUGCGAGGAGGUCACCAACGCAAUGCCAGUGACCUUCUCGAUGUAGGCUAUGUGGGAUCAAACAGUCAAGGACAGUUUACUGGUGAAUUAUAGUAGUUGAGAAGACACACUGCAAGCUGCUCUGAUGGACCAUCAGGUCUGAACUCAUGGAAGUGAUGACACUAAACAGUGCAAUGAACAUUUUCUUUAUUUAUGUACUAUUAAAAGAACUGUAAAUGCAAUGUAAAGACACACAGCCACACAUAUCCCACAGAUACCUUACUUGUGUUCUUCUCUUUAAUACACCAUCCACCUUAAACUAUUCCUUGUCAGGAGUAUAUGAAAAAGAAAGAAAAAAAAAAAAUCACCCUCCAGGAUGAAAAGGAUUUCCUUCUGUAUAUAAUUUCUUUUGUUGCAUUGCUAUGCAAGCUCACCUUCUUUUUAGCUAUGUUCAUAUUCAUGUCUGUUUUUAUUGGUCGGUUGUACUAUAUGUGAAUUAAUAGGCUGUGGUGCCAUAUAUUAACUUUUAAUUGUGUAACUUUUAUGUUUAAAGUUUGCACUGCAAUUUUAUUUGGUGAUAAGCACAAAACUCUACUCCUCAUGACAUGAAGAAAAAAGAGACUGAAUGUGUGAAGAAGGUUUACAUACUGUAAGCUACUUCGGAUGAUGCUGGAUGUAAAGGAGUGUGUUAGGUGGUUUUCCAUUGGGGUGUAGAAAUGAGAAAGUGACAGGCAAAACUGAUGUCAGUGAAGACAUUAGAGACAGAUUUAAAUCCUUUAGAAGCAAGCAACAUAGUCAUUCUUCCUAUUUAAGAAGGGGUCAGAAGUUGGAAGUGUGAGAUUAAAGAAUGAAUAUGAAAAUUAAAGGUAGCAUGAGAUGGCCUAGACCCUUUCACUAGAAUGAUGCCCUUAGUAUCUGUUUUUAGCCAUCCCAUGCCAUUAAGUAAAGGGGAAGAAAAACAAACCUUGUUACAAACAAAAGAACUUAAGGUGUUUCACUAAAGCUGGUUUUAUAUUGCAGUUUUAAAAGAAUUAUUACUAUUAAUUUCUCCAACCCAAAAUAUAAGACAGAUUUCCCGGGAGAAACAAAUAAUAUAAACUCAAGAAAUACCUAGUAAGUAGUUAAGGAUGCAAUUUAUUAUUGAGACAUAUUCAAGCUGCUUCCAAAAAAUUGAAAUAUCAGAGUAUCUUAUUUCAUCUUUCCAAUACAUGUAUAGUACAGUAGAGGAUAGAGCUGCACCACUGAAAUUCAUGACAUUAAUUGUUUUGAUGCAGUCUAAACAAACUUUUGUGUUCUGUUACCUGAAGUCUGUGAGAGCUGAAGCUGGAUCCACUAAAUUUGUAGUAAAAUGAUGUUUGGAAAGAAAGCAACAGUCAAAUUAUUUUCGACUUGCAUUAAGUACAUUUCUGGCAAUACAAUACAUCCAAAAAGUUGGAUAUAAGCAAAGAAAAUCUUUGACCUGUGUUUUAGUGAGUGGCUUCAAACACUACUAUGAUGAGGAAAUAACGCAUGUUUAUACACUUUUUGAAUAAACCAGACUCUGUAAGUGGACAUUAAUGACAGCAUCCUGUCUCUUCAUUAAUUUUCAUGACUUUGUCCAAAUCUUCUGUACUUCUCAAAUCUCAAUGAGUAAAUUGUCAAACUUUUCUUAGAAUAUUGUAUGUGGAUAGCCCACUCAUUUGAUGCUUAAUUUAAAUAUUGCAUCCUACAGCUUAUUUCUGUUAGUUAUCUGACCAUGAACACAAGUUUCCAUUUGAAUACCCUUUUCAUAUAACCAGUCUAUGUUGUUUUAUAUAUUGCCUUGGAGCUCACCAGUAUUAAGAACACUUUUAGUAAUGGCAGAAUUUUAAAAAAGUAAAUUACAGUGCUAAAUAUGUGUUGCUUUUCAUUUCAUUAACUUGUUCCAUGAUAAGAUAAAACACUACAGCCAUCAACUAUAACUCAGCACUACUGAAUAUUAAAAAAAAAGCUAGUUAACUUCCUUAAGGUCAAGGCUCUUAUUUAGCAGGUUACAAACCAAAAAAAGUUGAGAAAAAAAUGUAUGCAUUUAUUUAUAUAUGUGACCAAUGAAUAUAUGUAAUUUUCCUGCUUGUUAAACCAUUAUAGUUAAAACCAUUACGUAAAAAUGUGCAAAAAACGUUAAAGCAAGAUAAAGAAGGCAUCAUAUUUACAUAUGUAUGUUUUUUAUUUUGGUAUUAUCAUAUGAAGAGAAGACUAUUCAGUGUACAAUUCAAAUUUAAUUCUCUGGAAAAUGUUUAACUCAGUCACUGGUAGAAUUUUUUUUUUCCCUUUUAAUUCAAAAGCUUGUGCUGAGCUUUGGUGGAACACCUUACUAUAUUAUAUUCAAAAUUCAGUAUCAUUAGACGUUGAUAAAGCCAUCCCAAUUACUUUCAAAUAUGUGUUUUAUCUCUUCCACUGGAAAGUAAAUGUGUGUCAGUAUUAAAGCUGUGCAGUACCAUGAUAUUCACUAACUUGUCCAUCUGCUUCUGUACAUUUUUGUUCAUUAAUAAUUUGCUUACAAUAUUACAUAAGGUGGUGUUGUGUAUCGCAAAGUGUCUCCAUUAUCUUACAGGUGAUGUCUCGUCUUUUUUUUUCUCUCUCUUUUCUAUACAGUGUACUUCCAAUGAACCACAGUACAUAUUUUUUAAAAUGCCAUUUAAUUUACUAUUUUAAAAGAAGUAUUCUUCUUUUUUUUUUUUAAAUUGAGAACUUUUAUUGUGAAUAAUGUGUUUAAAGAAAAGGGAUGUUGUGGCAGCACUUAGAAUUGUUUUUUAAUUUGUUUUUUUUAAAAAACUGUUUAUUGGCUACAGUUUGUUCACGAAAAAGUAUGACCUCUUAAUGUGUUUCAUUGGUAUUGUUAGUGCAGCAAAAUUUAAUUGGCAUAAAAAGUUGGUUAAUAGUACUGUUGAAGUGUGUAUUGUAUAUUUACUGGGGAAAAAAUAAAACGUAUUCACAUUUCAAAUCUAUGUUAAAAGAUCUUGAGUAAGGAGUCAAUAUGUGAAAACCCAAACUGGGAAAAUCAGGCAAUAAUAACAUAGACUGAGCUAUAAUCAUCACUGUCCACUUACAGGUAACAAGGAACAUUUUAUAUGCUGGUUUUUGAACUAAGUUAAGAGCUGUCUUACAAAUAGGCCAGUGGUAAACAUUGCCUGUCAUAGGGAUUUCUGUUUAAGGUCCUGUCUAUAUUGAGAAUAGUUGUACCAAUGUAAUUACACUGAUACAGCUAUUCUAGUGAUACAUCCUCCAUUUGUAGACAUACUAUCUCAAUGUACAGUAAGGACCACAAGUGCACAGCUUACUUUGCUUAAAAGCCCAUAAAGUAGUGGACAUGUCAGACCUGUGUUCAGUGGGUCUGAACCCUUGGACUUGGGGUUUUGUACUGGUGGAGCUGCUGCCAACCCAGUACAGAAUAUCCCCAGAACACAUAGAUAGAUGCUAGGUCAAUUUUUCUCAAUCUUUGCAUUGAAUAUAUGCUAAAUUUUAAAUGCCCGAGGGCUGAAGGACCAAAUAAUAAAUUGUUACAUGUGCUUCAGUGGUGUAUUGCUGUAUGGGCAGCCAUUUCAGUGAUGCAAACAACAGACAUUUCUUUUUUGUUAUUUAUUAUUUCUCAAGUCCUUAUCCAAGUCAGUAAACCUUUUGAAUAACUUUUGGUUGUCACCUGAAAUACAACAGAAACACCGUUCCUUGGCAAAAGUACAAAAGAAAAGAAGCUUGGAGAGUUUUAAGUACAUUGAUUUAACUAUACACCAGUGUGAAAGGAAGACAUGAAUGUUUGAAAUAAUGAUAUGCUGGUUUAUGCUUGCCUCAGCCCGUACAUUGCCAGCCAGGAGAAAAGGUGUGUACUGAGGCUGAGAAAGAGUCCUCACAACUGACAGAGGAAAGGUAAUCGGGUCAGGAGAGAUUCUGGCAGGAACUUUUUUUUUUUAAAAUACAGGCAGCUCCUUUGGCUUUUCUACAAUUUAUGGAGUUUGGGUUUUUUAUGAUUAAUGGCCUUGUGGAAAUUUAGCAGGGGAACUAGAAGGAAAAAAGUUGGCCUUCUUUUGUAAAGAUUGGGGGGAACUUGUUUGCUGAGGGGAGGAUUUUUUAAUUUCAUUUUUAUUUUUUUAACACGUUUUGUGUUCCAUCUAUCUGGAACAUGUUAGCUAAAAAUAAAUUAUUUUUUAAAACCACGUGGGCAACGGACAAUUCAUUUAGGAGGUACAUUCAAAUAGCAGGAAAGAUAGCAAAGAGUAAUACUAAAAAAAGGAACACAUACAUUGCCUUAGAAUCAGCCAAGUCCACUACAGUGUCACAUGUAAUUCUGAACCAUUGAUAAUAGGUAUAAGCUUCAUUGCUUUUGGUUUCCAUACCAAAAUAAAUUAUCCAAAGUCCAUAGGAGGCCUAGACCCUCAGGACACUAAAUCUGGUACUUUAUUUUAAAUGUGUGGUUAAUCCAAGCUGGUGGGACUGGAGCAUGCUCAGGGUUUACGAGCCCCCAGCCCUGGCUGCUCGCACCCCAGCAGUCUCCAGCUGGGAAACACAUGUGGCUUCAGGCUCAGCGAGUGUCAGUGGAUCCCUUUGCUAGGCACCUUGUAGGCAUCACGUACGUAGAGGCAGCGUACUUCGCUGAGGAUGAAGUUUUUCACGGCAGGGAAGGUCUCCAAUGAGUUAGGCAUUGUGGCAGUUCACAGUGGGACCACUUAGUCAGGCAAGUCUCACGUUUUAGGACCACCUUGCCCAGUCCUUGUCUCGGUGCUGUCCUGCUAUGGUCUGUGUAUUCAGUGCUGCUGCUGUCUGCUGGAUCUGGGGUGCCUGGCAUGGGGGGGUGUAAAAGAAGAAAAGGCGCAGUGGUGCGGGGGUGGGGGGGAGGCAUGUAAUGCUCUCCAUGCAUUGAAGGGCUGGAUAUAUGCCUUAUUAGUUAAGAGGGGACAAGGGAACACAGUUGAGCAGUGGUCCCAAACAUCUGCUCUGCUGUUUCUAGCUUGUUCCCUGCUUCUGUUUCAGACUGGCCUCUUGCCAUGCCAACCGCUCCUCCACCCAAAAUAACAGGUACGACUUAGAGACAUCUCAUGGGAUCCAGAGGAGAUGUAGGGCCAUGCCUAAAUGCUGUGAAUGUGGACUGGGGAUUUGAGGAGAGAGAGCUCUGAGCUCUAGUGUUGGCGUGAGGACUAGAUUGCUCUCUAGCCUGCCUUUAUUUAACUGUGUAGCUACAUCCAGGAAGACCCCAGCAGCCAAGAAGUUCCUAGAGUGCACCUCAGCCCUGCAGCAUCUCUACUGGCAUGUGACUCCUCACUCAGCCUGUCGUAGACCAUCCUGAGUUCGAUGCCGGCUUCUCACCGCAUCCUGAGGACUGAAAUGGCUUACGCUGACAUUUAGGCAAGUGAGGUUGUUCCUCUCUCUGCAGCAGAAUGUUAAAAAAAACCAAACCAAAACAACACACCAAAAAACCAAACCUGCCACUUAAACACAAACCUUAUAAAACAGUCCUCAAAAAUCCUAGAAAACAAAGCAUUUCAGAUGUACGUGUUUGAGGAUUUUUUUUUUUCCUUUUCUUAGUAUUUUGUCUUAGCUACCAUUGAAAUGAUGUUUAUUUUUUCAAAGCUGUUACACUGUCCCUCCGCGCUCCCCCCCACCCCUUUCUCCAGUACUUGUCUUUCAGCUGUAAGGAAGUUAUGGUAGAGAAUAAUUACAUUUGUGUACUUUCUGUGUUAUAACUUUAAACAACAAGGUGCACAGUUGCAUUCAGUUCAAUUGAUCAAAGCCAGAUGGGGAUGAAAUGUUUGUGUUUUUUUUCUAAAAAGGCCUGCUACUAUUUGUGCUGAUAUUUGUUCCCCAUUUAUGCUGAUCAGUGCAUCUUUUGCCUUCAAGGAUGCCAUUAGUAAUUCCUCUUUGUGUUCAAAAGCAGGAAUCCAUUGUGCAGCACUUGGAGAGCCACUCGGAUGCAGGUAAAGAAUAUAACAGCUUGAGCAAGUGCUAAUUAGAACCAAUUAAACUUAAUUGACCUCCUUUGGCAGUAAAAUGCAUAAUAGAACUUGCUCUGUCCUUGCAAAAUGGAGAUCUCGCCUCUAAGCACAAGAGUGAAUCAUGGUUUCAUGUAUCAGCCUGUAGUAAUUAUGUGAGUAUAACAACCAGGAAGCGGCUUGCUCCAAUUUGUUCUAAUAACUGAGCUCUACUGUAUCAGGGCAGUGCAAUAAAAGUGAGAUUUCUGGUUCAGUCUAUUUAAAAACCUAAUUUUUGCAGAGCAAAUGAGCAUCCCAAGAUACCAAUACUAAUCUUUAGGAAUGAGUUGGCAGAAAAAUACAGAGUCCCUUUUAUAGGUAAGUAAUGGUGUGAGUAUAAAAAAAAGGCAGUUAUAUGCUUGCAAGUUGGAAAUGGCUCUGAUGUUCAGAGGCUGUGUCUAUCCUGAGUAGUAGGUGUAAGCUUUGGUGUGCCUGGAUUGGUGCCUUGUCCAGGCGAAUGAUCUGCCUACAGUUUAUCAUGUGUCCCUACUGCACCUUGCAAUCAGGUUGCCUUCUGCAAACUUCUGUUCGAAAAGGGACACUAGCACCCAUCCAUCUGAGGUUUGUGGUGCCAUGGGACUGCACCACUAACACAGGCACCAGUCUGGACAUAGUCAGAGGUAUCCAAAUAAAAGGAGAGAGAAAGAGCAGGGGAGAGAAUGAAGGGUAGGAAAUGUAAAAUUGUGUGAAUUCAAAAGCAUCAGUGGUGGCUGCGAAACUACACAUCCCUGUGAAAAGCCAUUCUUAUUAGUAAAACAGAAUUGAUCCAGUUUCAAUGACCAUGCCUUGCUGACUUUUUCCUUAGCAGGAACUGAAUGCGACUGAUUUUGCUGCUAACUUGGCCUUACUAUGAACAGCAAUAAAGGUGUUAGUCAGGUGGGGACUUUGAUGUGACCAAUAACAUCACUCUCCCUUCAGGGAAUGUUCAUGUGCUGGCUUGUUAAUGAAUUUCUUUCCUAAUGAGUAUCAUUAAAAACCCUUUGAUUAGC